CAGGAAUUACUUAAAUUCAGAGAAAGACAAACUGUUGAGUUGUUGUGUAUCUGUAUUCACGCAGUAAAAUGGCAGAAGCCAGAUUUUCUCAGGAUGAGUUCAUGUGUUCAGUGUGUCUGGAUCUCCUGAAGGAUCCAGUGACCAUCCAGUGUGGACACAAUUAUUGUAAGAGCUGUAUUACAGACUGCUGGGAUCAGGAGGAUAAAAAGAGAGUCUACAGCUGUCCUCAGUGCAGACAGACCUUCAGUCCAAGACCUGCUUUAGCUAGAAACACCAUGCUGGCUGAACUGUUGGAGAAACUGAACAAGACCAGACUGUCUGAUGACUGUUAUGCUGCUAUAGAUGUGCAGUGUGACAUCUGUACUGGAGGAAAAUUCAAAGCCGUCAAGUCCUGUCUGGUUUGUCUGGAAUCUUACUGUCAAACUCAUUUUGACCGUCAUGAGGAGUUUCAUUCACGUAAGCCACACAAAGUGACUGAUGCCACUGGGCGACUGAAGGAGAUGAUCUGCCAGAACCAUGAGAAGCUUCUUGAGGUUUUCUGUCGCACUGACCAGAAAUUUGUAUGUAUGCUGUGUACGAUGGAUGAACACAAAAACCACGACACUGUAUCAGCUGCAGCACAGAGGACAGAGAAACAGAAACAGCUGAUGGAGAUGCAGAAUACGCUCCAGCAGAGAAUCCAGAAGAGAGAGAAAGAUCUCCAGCAGCUGAGAGAGACUGUGGAGUCUCGUAAGCGCUCUGCACAGACAGCAGCCGAGGACAGUGAGAGGAUCUUUACUGAGCUCAUCCGCUCCAUUGAGAGAAGCCGCUCUGAGCUUAUACGACUGAUCAGAGAUCAGGAAAAGACUGCAGUGAGUCGAGCUGAAGAACAACUGGAGAAACUGGAGCAGGAGAUCAAUGAUCUGAGGAGGAGAGACGCUGAGCUGGAGCAGCUUUCACACACACAGGAUCACAUCCAGUUCCUGCAGAGUUUCCAGUCUCUCUCAGCUCCUCCUGAAUCUACAGAUGUAAAUGAUGAUCCCUUCAGUUCUCUCGUCUCUUUUGAUGUUCUGAGAGAAUCUGCCCAUCAGCUGAGAGACAAAUUGGAGGAUUUCUACAAAGAGGAGCUCAAGAAGAUCUCAGACAGAGUCAAAGUCCCCAACAUUGUUCCCAGGACCAGGAUCGACUUCUUACAAUAUUCCCAUCAGCUCACUCUGGAUCUGAACACAGUGAAUAAACACCUUCGUCUGUCUGAGAGAAACAGAAUGAUUACGUACACUGGAGUCACAGUCCAGCCAUAUCCUGAUCAUCCAGAAAGAUUUGAUGUGUAUCAGCAGGUGUUGUGUAGAGAGAGUGUGUGUGGACGCUGUUACUGGGAGCUGGAGUGGAGAGGAGGGGAAAAUGGUGUGCGAAUAUCAGUGUCAUAUAAGACCAUCAGCAGGAAGGGAUCGAGUAAGGAGUGUUGGUUUGGACGAAAUGAUAAGUCUUGGGGUUUGCUCUGCUCUGUCUCCAAAUACUCAUUCAUGCACAGUAGCAUAGAGACUGAUCUCCCUGUAAAGCCCAUCAGCAGUAGAAUAGGAGUGUUUGUGGAUCACAGUGCAGGAACUCUGUCCUUCUACAGCGUCUCUGACACAAUGAACCUUAUCCACACAGUCCAGACCACAUUCACUCAACCGCUUUAUCCUGGGUUUGCUCUCGGUUCUGGAUCAUCAGUAAAACUGUGCUGAUGAAUCAGAAUAGGUUGAUGAGAGAUUCUACUCAUAAUGCUGUGAGCUACUUGAUAAAUAUGUAAUAGUGAGAUAUUAUACUCUCUUUUUCUCUUCAUUACAUUAAUACUGAAGCUGAACUUCUGUCACUGAAAUAAUAUGUAAAACUAAAUGUGUGUAAUAAAUCCUCAUAGACAGUGAUAUCAGUGUG